AUGUAUAAGUUGCCUCGAAAUGAUCCAUUACCAUGGUGGCUGGACAGAUUCCAACCGUCAGAUCUGACCCAACAACCACUUUGGACAAACCUAUAUAGCCACUGUAUCCUGUUAACUUGUCAUAUAUUUGCCACCAUAUUUGAAAUCACAGAAAAAUUCAAUUGUCAUCAUAUCCUUAAUUACAUGGAAGCACCUCAAGGAGAGCAGUCGAUAGAGAAGGGAAGGAGAGAGAUCAAGUACAGGGGGAUACGUAAGCGGCCAUGGGGUAAGUACGCAGCUGAGAUACGUGACCCAACCAGGAACGGGGCACGAUUGUGGCUAGGCACGUUUGACACGGCUGAAGAUGCAGCGCGGGCAUAUGACCGCGCUGCAUACAGUUUAAGGGGUCAUCAAGCUAUCCUCAACUUCCCAAAUGACAGCCAUUAUAGGAGUCCAGGCCCGGGACCAAGUUUACCUUCUAUUUCUUUGUCUUCAUCUUCGUCUUUGUCUUCCAUUGCUCCUGUAGAGAAUUCGGGUACGGGGGAAUUACCUAAGGGAGAAGAAGAGAGAGUUAUUGAGUUUGAGUAUCUGGAUAAUAAGUUGUUGGAGGAGCUUCUUAAGCCAUAA